CUCGUGUUUUCUUCUGACAGAAUGGCGCCAAGGCAGAGGACAGCGCACGAUUCUGCAGGACGAAGACCUCACCACCAAGAUCGAAGGAGACUGGAAGAGACUCAACAUGCUGGCCCACUACCAGGUGCCCGAUAAUUCGAUCGUGGCUCUCGUCCCCAAGCAGGUGACGGCCUACAACUCGGUCAACAACUCCACCGUAUCCAGAACCUCCGCCAGUAAAUACGAGAACAUGAUCAAGUACACAGGCAGCCCGGACAGCCUGCGCUCCCGCACCCCCAUGCUGAGCCCCGACCCGGAGAGCGGGGUGAAGGUUUGGCACCUGGUGAAGAACCACGAGCACGGGGACCAGAAGGAGGGCGACCGCGGCAGCAAGAUGGUCUCCGAGAUCUAUCUCACCCGCCUGCUGGCCACCAAGGGCACGCUGCAGAAGUUUGUUGACGACCUGUUUGAGACCAUCUUCAGCACAGCCCACCGUGGCAGCGCCCUGCCGCUGGCCAUUAAGUACAUGUUCGACUUCCUGGACGAACAGGCUGACAAACACAGCAUCCACGACCCGCACGUGCGCCACACAUGGAAGAGCAACUGCCUACCUCUGCGUUUCUGGGUCAACGUGAUCAAGAACCCCCAGUUUGUGUUUGACAUCCACAAGAGCAGCAUCACCGACGCCUGUCUGUCCGUCGUGGCCCAGACCUUCAUGGACUCCUGCUCUACCUCAGAGCACCGACUGGGCAAGGACUCGCCCUCCAACAAGCUGCUCUACGCCAAGGACAUCCCCAGCUACAAGAGCUGGGUGGAGAGAUACUACUCAGACAUCGGAAAAAUGCCUGCAAUCAGCGACCAGGACAUGAACGCCUACCUGGCGGAACAGUCCCGGAUGCACAUGAGCGAGUUCAACACCAUGAGCUCCCUCAGCGAGAUCUACUCCUACGUGGGAAAAUACGCAGAGGAGAUCGUGUGUGCUCUGGAACAGGACGACGGCGCCCGGAAACAGAGGCUGGCCUACAAGCUGGAGCAGGUGGUGGCCUGCAUGAGUAUAGAGAGCUGAGGACUACAUUUCCCAGGGCGCACUGGGAAGAGACUAGACCCCGUCCGAAAACCGAGCCGUGCCUGAGUGAAGACCUACCCUCAUAUAUCCUUAUCUUCAUCAUGUUGACUUCCUCCUCUCCUCUGCUUCUUCCUCCCGUCUUCAAGACGAAGACGUCCUCCUUGGCCGACGACCCUUUAUUCUUCCACUUCCUCUUCUUCUUCAUGCUCUCGUCUCUCUCGCAGAAGAAGAAGGCCGUCCGUUGUUUUAGUUUUUCCUCAUCCGCUCUGCUGCAUAGACUAGUCGACCUAUCGGUGGUUGGGGACCCCCCCGGCCCCCGCUCUCCCCGGUGGGGGGGGGGGGCGGGGGGGGCCCUCGACUCCGCCCCCCGCAGGUUGGAGCUCCGAGGGGAGUGGAAGAGGGGGGGUUGUGGGACUGGGGGCGGGAGGGGGUGGCUGGGCUGCUUUACACGCUGGCCAUAUUGGCACACUUUAUUUUUGAAACCUGUCAUAGGUUGGAGAAAAAAAAAAAAGAAAAAAAAAACAUUUUACGUUGCCUUCCAAAAAGUGACACAAAGUCUUUGAGGAGCGGCCGAAGACGUCGACGGCUGUUGUCAGCUUUUUUUGUCAAGAACUUUCUUUUUUAAUUUUUAAGGAAUAGAGUAGUUAUGUCUAGAGUCCAGCUUACUGUAGUGCUAUACACAAUAUAUGGAAUCAAAAGAAAUAUGUCAAAGAUUAAGGACUAGCGAGUGAAACGCAAAACUAAAAGAACGGAGGGUUUCUGAGUUUACACUGUAUCUACGAUUAAAGCAUACAUAUCUGCUAGAGUUUUCAAGAGUACAAAAAGAGGCGAAGGCUGGCGUUCUUUUGCGAUGUAGCUGGAACUGUAUUUAAGUCAACGAACUGACGGGGUAGUAGAGAGAAAAGGUCUCAACGCUGCCCUUUAUUAAGAUAGUGACAAAAACCUAGAAACUUUAUAAGACCAGAGUCUCCUCAUCCCCUGUCUCCGCCUUUACGAUAUUAGCACACUGUUUCCACCCUCCUUUACAUUGGAUGACCCCCGCCCCAGUCCGGUCUCUGGUAUCACGGCUAGCUGUGAAGGGAGCCUUUGUCCGGUGAACAGAACCAGAGGGUCCGAGGCGGUACCGAGGUGGAACCUCUGAGAGAAGCACACAAAAAUCAACUCUGGAACCUAGCGCCGGGGGCCGCUGGUCCAAUUAAACCGAGAGCCUCUUCCUAGCACUCGCGUUGUCCAAACUGCGACGGCGUAUCAAAGCACACGAGAAGAAAAAACACACAAACACACGCGUAAACACACAGAGCAGCUGCCCAACACCCUGACAUUCUGUCGACGUCUACUUUGCCUGUGGAAGAGGGAGGGAGGGAGGCGUCACUGGGAAAGCUAACACGAGAAUACGAAAAAAAGACUGUUGGCACGACUGUGGAACUUGAAUUGACAGGUUCUACCUGAGCGUAGCCGCUGGAGUGCUGCCUGUAAGGGGUUCUGCUCGGGGGGGAAAGCACGUAUUUUACACAAUGCUGUUGUGAAAUGACUUGUGGGGAGAUAGCGAACAAGAUGGACUUUGUUGGUCAGCCAAAACCAAAGGAGCUUGAUAUUUUCUUUUUUUUUCUUUAUUUUUAAAUGGUCAAAAAAUGUGUGUGUUGUCAAGUUCCACGAAGGAAAAUUAUGAAUAAAGACUUUGUGGAAGACAGCUUACUACCCCAACAACGAAAAAAGAAAAUUUCUGACCAGAAGUUGAAAAAAAAGAGCAAAAACCUGUGUGAUCAUUCUGACCUCAGUGUGCUGAGAGCAGAGGCCUUUCAAUGAGUCUCUGUCUCCCCCUUCCAUCCAAGGUCUCUCUCUCUCUCUCUCUCUCUCUCUCUCUCUCUCUCUCUCUCUCUCUCUCUAUGUCUCUCUCUCUCUCUCUCUCUC